AUGGGUUUGAUCGAUCUACCUAAUGAACUGCUUGCCUUGAUAACACAUCAUCUAGGAUAUGCAGAUCUCAACUCCUACAACAGUGAUGUACUGCAGUGGGCUGCAAUUCAAGGCCGUCCAGACACCAUAAAAAAGGCCUUGCGAUAUGACGCUAAUGUGAAUACCACCGCGCCCAUAGAGGGUCCCCUAUUUCCUGAUGGGUUUAAGUCGCGGUGCUCAAGGGAACUCCUCUUUUCAUUAAUAAAGGAUGCCGAUCCUGACGAAAACCUCCCCGGGAACUUUCAUCUGGUGGAAGGGCUGGCUACACCACUCGUCGUAGCAUCCGGUGUGGAAAUUCUCCUGCAACAUGGUGCUGCAGUUGAUAUGACAGGCUCGGAUGGUCUCACCCCACUGAUGGCGGCAACUAGCGCAGGCCAUAUGAAGGUGAUGGAACUUUUGCUCGGAGGUGGUGCGGAUGCCAGCAUUCCGCGUGAUGACGGAGGACCUACAGCACUGGAGUGGGGCUGCGAUGCAGGAUCAUAUGGCUGCUCCCUUACAUACGCAGCGGAACAUGGUAAUAUCCAGUUGGUGAGGACGUUUCUGGAUGGUGGCGCGCGUACAAGUGUCAAAUACGCCAGAUUCUGUCCUGAUCUGCCGCUCAUCUUCUACGCCGUAGAUGGGAAUCAUCCAGACAUUGUCAGCUUGCUGCUGGAACGGGGUGAGGAUAUUGAAUGUCGAGACGCCGCUGCAGCAACACCUCUCAUUUACGCUGCAAAGAUGGGAAGCCCGAAGGCCCUGGAGAUUCUUCUUCAACGCGGCGCGGAUGUUAAUGCAAGAGAUGUGAAUGGUCAUUCAGCGCUCUAUUGGGGGAGGGGGUUUGCUCGAAAAAGGGAUGAUGGACAUGCUGGUGGAAUAUGGUGCAGAAUUGGAACCUCACCUUGGCUCGUGACGUAG